AUGAAGGUAGCAUUUGUUUGUCUUGGAAAUAUCUGUAGGUCCCCAAUGGCGGAGGCUGUUUUCCAACACAUAAUCAAUGAAAAGGGUUUAGGCGAUUCUGUUCAUGUUGAAUCCUUUGGUACUGCAAACUAUCACGUUGGUGAUAAACCAGAUUAUCGUACAAUUGCAACAUGCAAGAGACACGGUAUUCCAAUCAAUCACAGAGGCCAGCAAAUUAAACCAAAACAUUUCAAGGAGUUUGAUUUUAUUUUGUGUAUGGAUGAGUCGAAUCUAUAUAAUCUGAAAAGAAUUCAGCCAAAUGACAGUAAGGCUAAAGUUAUGUUGUUUGGUGAAUACUCUACAGAUGGCAAGUAUGAUAAAAUUGUGGAUGAUCCUUACUAUGGUGGUGAAGAUGGAUUCGAAGCUUGUUAUAACCAAUGUGUCCAUUUUACUGAGAAUUUUAUAAAGCAGGAACUGUAG